UGGCCUUGAAGCAGUUUAAAUGUUCGGGAUGUGUAACUCGUUCGAAGUCUUACGGCACCAUCUGGUUUUUAUUUGUAGUCGAAUGUUUAGAGCGUAUAUCAAAGACGCAUUUCACAGUUUCUAAGAAAUGAUUCGUUUAAUUGUCAUUGAUAGACAACUACGUAUCCUGCGUCCAAAUGAAAAAUUUCCAUCAUUUUCAUGCAGUCAAUUGCUAUGCAUGUUGGCUAAAUAUGUUAUAGUUAAACUUUGUAACUUUGAAAAUCCUGGUUUUAUAUCUGUAUGCGAUACAACAAGCUUGUCUCCUAAAGGAUCACUUGGCGCAUUUUCCUCUGAUAUAUCUAGCUUGCAUAAUGCAAUUGAUCACAUUGAACAAACAGCUAAGGUGAUGUUCCCUAGUGAAUUGACUGCCACAUCAAUUCUUAACAUCUUGAAAGAAGCAUAUCUGUACUAUGGACCAUGGUCAAAUAUUCAAGUUUUAUUAUUUACAGAUGGAGGAUCUUCUUACUUCACUCAUUCCUCUCUUACUUACCCAGUAGAUUUUCCCAAAAGUCUAUUUAAUGAUACUUCAAUUUUGUUCAUUAGUUUGAGUGAUAAACAGUUAUCUAACGAUCUAAUGGAAUUAUAUAAUCAAUUUCACUUGAAAUCAAUAAUUUUCGAAGCCAGCAAAUACGUUUCAAAUCUUGAAACAUAUACUGUCGAAUUAUAUAUAGAUAACUUAGCUAAACAUAUUAUUGAACAUUGUCAACCGAAUCAAUUAAUGCCAAGUGUAAUUAUCAAUUGUGGACGUCUUCGAAGUAUGGCAGUUUUAUUACCAUCUCCAGGUGUUCAUUCAUUCACUGGAUUGAAUGAUUUGACGAAAAAUUCCCUUUGUGUGGAGAUCUUCGGUUUCCUUAAUCUCAGCGAUUUAAAUAAUCCACCAGUAAAUGGACGUUUCACAGUGGUUAGUCGAACAGAUCCAUCUGAUCCUGAUCUUCUCUAUCUACUUUUGCGAUCAUUACAAAAUACAAAAACUGUUGCCAUGUGUAAUAUUUAUAUUGUAAUGAAUAAUCAAUUAGCUCAGUCAAUCAAUUCAAGUACAGUUUCAGUGUUGGAUUCACACAAUUCAUCUAAACGUAAUCUUCAACAACAACAGUCUGGUAAAAAUUCACCGAACCAUACUCUUUGGAGUCAUGGUUACUUGCAUCAUAUUGAUAUGAAGCAAUCAAUUUUAAUGUUGUCAGUAUUUGAACGAGAAUGUACUGGUUUACCUUGGCUUGGUAAUUUUAGUCAUUUAGCACCUGUAACAGAUUUUGCCGGUUCUCAAUUAUACGAUGAUAAAAAUGAAACUUCACCAUUCCCUGUUCGAACACCGGAUCAUUUGAGUUAUAAAAUUGAUGGUUCACGUUAUGUUUCUUGGGCAUCACAGUCAGCAAUGCUUAUGGAUAUUAAUAAAGUGCUUCGACUAAGUCGGCGCCUGCCGGAUAAAUCUGCAUUGCUUUAUAAAGUCAACGCGUCGGUGUACUCAACAUUUCGACGAGGAGCGGAGCACAGACUGCGACAAAGAGGGAAAGCGGUGAACAGAAUGGCUGUCUUCCUCUUCGCCCAGUUUUAGAUAUGUAUAAUUCGCCUUAUCAAAAAACUGCAAAGUGGUUAGAUCGAAUCCUAGAUCCCUUACACAAACUAACCAUCAUCGGAAGCGUGGAAGAUGUCUUCGAUUUCAUUUCUAAAGUGGAACAUAUGAACUUAAACAGGAAACAGAUGAUAUCUCUAAAUAUUGCUUCCCUGUUCACCAAUGUACCUUUAACAGAAACUAUUGACUUUGUGUGCCAACAUCUACAUGAAAAACAAAUUCUCACUGUUCAAUCUGAUGUUAUUGUUCUUUUUCAUUACAGGAAUUAAAUCGACUUCGUUUUGCAGCAACUGUUUAUGGAUGUCCAGAAUUGUUAUUACAAAUUCAUUCAAUGAUUAUGUCUAUUCAUCAUCAGUCAAACAAUAAUAAUAAUAAUAGUGAUAAUAAUAAUACUGUUGUUACUGGAUCUAAUGAACAAACAAAAUCAUUACAAACUUGUUUAAAUAAUGUAACUGAUAUAUUACUUAAACAAGAAUCAUAUACAAAUGAUAUCUUGUCACCUGAUAAAAGGAAACUAUUCUAAAUAAUAAGUUAAUGAUGAAUUGGUUGAUUUAUUUUGUUUUAAUAAUUACAUGUACAUAUAUGUAAAAAAGAAGUAUAUAUAUAUAUUUAUAUCA